AUAACUGAUAAGUGCCAAAUCUAGUAUCUACGUGGGUGGAGCUGCUGCAACAACUUCAUCUUCAAACUUCAAAGACGUAAUAAUAAUCAAUGAUUCUGAGAUUUUGAAUCAUUGAAUGAAAUCAUAUCAAAAUGGAAUCAUACUAUUUAGAUAUUCUUAUGAUAAUUAAUCUUAUACUUCAUUCAAUAGUUUUGACGAAUUGUUCUGUUGGGAACUUUGAAAUCAUAAAAGGGAUCCCAAUAGAAAGUGCCAAACUAUAUGCCCAUGGCCAGGACUUCUCUUGUUUGGAUGGCACUUUAACUAUUCCUUAUUCAUAUAUUAAUGAUGAUUAUUGUGAUUGUAUUGAUGCAAGUGAUGAACCAGGUACCUCGGCAUGUCCAAAUGGCACAUUUUACUGUACAAAUAGAGGACAUUUUCCUCUUGUUGUGCCGUCAUCACGUGUGAAUGAUGGAAUUUGUGAUUGUUGUGAUGGGUCUGAUGAGUGGGCUAAUAAUGUCCAAAAACAUGCUUGUCAAAACACAUGUGAAUAUCUUAGCUAUGAAGCUAGAAGUGAAGCAAAUAGAAAAAAUAGUUUAUAUGCUCUUGGAUUUAAAAUAAGAGCACAGCUUAUUAAUAAAGGCAAAUAUCUUUUAUUACAGAAACAGAAUAGGAUUCCCUACCUCUUAACCAAAACAAAAGAAGCUCAGUUUAAUAGAAGUAGUAUGUUUAAUGACAAAGAAAUAGCUAAAGAAAAAGAAGAAAAAGCAAUAGAGGAGGAAAAAUCAAAUCAACAAAAUAAAGCAAUCAAAAUAUUUAAUGAAAUUGAUAUUAACAAAAACAAUAAAAUUGAAGUGGAAGAAGUAAUUGCUUAUAGUAUUUUUGAUCAAAACCAAGAUGGCUUGGUUUCACAAGAUGAAAUUUAUUACUUUAUGGAAAAUAAAAAGGAAUUUGAUCUAAAAGAUUUUUUGUCAAAUGGCUGGAAUCGUGUAAACCUGUUAAUUUUUACAAAAUCUUUUGACGAAAAACAACAUUUAGUUAAAAACGUCAAAAAAGAAAUCCUAAAUCAAGAUUUUAAUCAUAAUUCCAAUAAUGAAAUUGAAAAAUAUAAUAUUGAAGAUAUUGAAGCUGUAAGAAUUAAUAAAUUAUUAUAUACUGAAAAAACCAAAAUCAUAAUUGAUGAAUCAAAAAAAGCUCAUGAACGAUUCGAAGAAGCGGACAGAACAGUUAAAGACCUUCAAAAACAACUAUAUGCAUUACAAAAAUCAAUAAGUAAAAAUUUUGGUCCUGAUGACGAAUUUGCUGCUUUAGAUGGACAGUGCUAUGAACUAACUAAUGAUGAAUACAUAUAUAAAUUAUGUCUAUUUGAAAAGAUAACUCAAAGGCCAAUAAAGGGAGGACCUGAAGUAAACUUGGGUGUCUGGAAAGAUUGGACAAACUUUAUCAAUGAUGAACCUCAAUAUCAUACUAUGCUUUAUGAUAGAGGACAAUACUGUUUGAAUCAUUAUCAAAGGUUUGCUUAUGUUCACUUGAGUUGUGGCUUAGAACCUAAACUUAUAUCAGUAUCAGAGCUUAACCGAUGUGAAUACUUAAUGGAAUUUGAAUUACCUUCAGUAUGUGUGAUACAAGACACUAAAUAUCUAAGAGAACUUGAAAGGGAAGAAUUAUAGCCAUCAAUACAUAUACUUAAACCAUUAUUGUGCUAAAGUGAUUUUUAUUCCUCAUCAAUUAAGAAUUUUCAAAUGUUUAUAAAAUAAUGUACAUAAUACAUAUUAGUAAUAGUACUACAAAUGUAUAAAUAAUUACUGUCAUGAUAUCAAAUAUACUAUACUAUGUUACCCCUCUUAUUGAUAAAAUAAAAUUGUUAGUUAAAUUACUUGAGUUAAAUAAAUUCCAUAUUUUUAAAACUAUUGUUAUUUUCAGGUGUACAAAAAACUUAUUAUUUAGGGGUAGAAGGGCUUAGCCGUUUUAGGUUUUAUAUGUUUCCACUUUUACUCUAUAAAAAUAUUUAAUAAUUCUUCUGACAUUUUUUUUUUUUUUUGGGGGAGGGGGUUGAAUCUCUAGUCUCCCUUUGUGUACACGCCUGAUUAUUUUAAUAUUAAAGACUAUAAAAAAAAUAUACACAAAUCUGGAGCAGAUGUGUAUUUUAUACAACUUCCAAAACAAGAAAAAGUGUAUGCCCCUUGAAAUAAUCAGAUUUAAAAAACUCUAUUUUCAAAAGUUGUAAUAAUCAUCUAAAUAUUCACUUACUUUUGAAAUCUAUUUUCCUGGUGUUAUUUAAAAUCCAGGUAAGUCCAGUGUGACCUGAAAAAAAAUUAUAGCGUUUUCUCUUUCAAGAAAAUAAGUACCAAAAUCUAACUAUUCAAUGAGGAAUGGUUGUUUUUCCUUUAGUAAUUUCUGGUCAUUGAAAUGGUUUGAUUUAAAUUUAUGUAUGGUCUAUGCGUAACAUGACUAGAAAUUGCCAGAACUUUUGCUUCUUAAUAAAUAGCCUUCAAAACUUUAUUUCAAACUGAAAAACAAAACACAGUUUUAUUACCUGAAACGCUUAGAAAAAUCUUUGAAUGCCAUCAAGCUAUAAAUUAUUUAAUGUUUAAAUCGGUAGAAAAUUAUUAUCUGAUAAUAAUCUGUAUAGUAUUUGUGUACAUCAUUUAUGUCAGUUCUUUGCUCUACUUGCUCAUAUUAUGGGCAAUGUAUAAUUAUUUAUUAGAACUCAAGUGUAAGAAUUUAUGUCUUUAACAUAAUCUAUUGAUUUCAAACAUUGUGUUUAAUUAGUUUGUUACCUACAUGCAUUUUCAAUUGUAACUUGGAAAUAACUUACAUUUUUCAUAAUAUUAUAUACUAUAUUUAUUCAUAUGAAGCCAUUAAAACAUUGUAAAGAAUAGUUUAGUUCUAAUAGUUAUCAGUUAUUACCAUCAAUUGUCAUAAGCUCGCAUUAAAUAAACAGUUUAAACUAAAUUGUGAUAGUCAAAUAAGGCAUAUGUAUAACAUAAAAAUUAAAAUAUUUUGGGUGUUCAGGUAUUAACAUUUAAACAAAAAAUUCAUUAAAAUUUGUUCCAAGAUAUGUAUGAACGAAUUUAAUAGCUUCAUAUAAAUGCAGUAAUAAAUUAGAAACCAAGGUUAUAUAAGAUAUUAAUUCAUUAAUCACACAUUUUAAAGGAAUCAAAAAUCACAUUUUUUUAAAUAUAUUAUCAGAUAGCAUUAUAUUAUAAUAAGUUUUGGUAAUAACAUGCUGAUUGUAUCCUAAUAUAAUGAUCACAAAAAUUAAAAAAAUUAAAUAAAAAUACUAAUAAAAAAAUGAUUUUUUUAACAUCUUGAUUGAACAUGAACUUCAACAUGAAAAGCUCGUUAAAUUACAAUAUAUAUAAUGUAGUCAAAUUAUGAGUAUUAUAAAUGUCCAAUGAGGCCUUUGUUGAAAUAGUAAACUUAAUUAUAGUACUUGUUUGUUUUGUUCUUUUGCAAUAAUAAAAUUAUCCCCAAAGGCCAGAGGUCUCUUUCACUAAGUAUUAGUCCUGUAUUUUAAACAAUUUAACUAAAAAAAAAUUAUCGUUAAAAAAAAAAAAUAAUAAUAAUAAAUAAUAAUAAAAUU